UGCAGCCAGGCCCAGCAACAGAAGAAGAAGAAAAAGAAGGACUUCGUCGUCUGCGUUUGUCAACCAGUUCGUUGAAACCAUCGACGACAACGCUUUGCAUUAUCGACACUAAGCUUGAAGAACAAGCAAGAUAAGAUACUGACUUACAAACAUGUGGGAUGGACCAGGACCAGGGCCAGGGCAAGGACCACGGGGAGGAAGACCCUUUCGUGGUGAUCAUCGUGGAGACAUGUUUGGUGGCAGAGAUCGUCCCAUGCCUGAUUAUAGAGGUAGAGAUGGAAUGAACAUGGGUCAAAUGGGCCCAAGACCUCUAGAUCUGCCACCCAUGGACAUGAGAAGGAUGGAUGGGCCACCGAUGAGGGGGCGUGAUUUGGACCCAUGUGAUAUGCGUGGUAGAGAGCCAAACAGAGAUUUGUGCCGACCUGGAGAAGAGACAGACUUUAGUCUUAGAAGGCACUAUGAAAUUGCCAUCAGAGACAAACUGAUGAAUUCUUCUGCUUUCCCGGUACAAGGCAGGAACUCGGUAGACAUGGGAGGGAGGGGUAUGCCACCACGGGAACCAAACAACAGAUUUAUGGACAUGAGAGACAGAGAGUCAUUUCAUUAUGAUGUGCCACCAUUCAACAAUCCCAAUAUUGAUGGAAGAAGAGGGUUUCCCAUGGGGCGAAAUGAUGGAUUUAGGGACAUGUGUGACAGGCCCCCAGUGCGCAUUGGUGAUACUGAUGGCUAUGAUAUGGACUUACCGCCACAUGAAAGGAGAGUGAUGGAUACUGACCGAAGAGGAGGUCCGCCUUUCAAUUCCAGAGGUGGAUUUGAUUCUGAUAUGGAUUUCAGAAAUCGUCUCGGUCCAUCAACUGAAUUCAGAGGUAGGGAUCGAUCUCCAUUAAGAUUUGGAAACAGUGAUGUCCCUCCAGUGGACAGGGCAAGAUCAGACAUGCCUUCAGAUGUUGCUGGCCCUCAAAUAUCAGAGUUUAUGGGUGCAAAAGAUGCACCCAGAGAAAGAGAAUAUCCAGAUUCAAGUGGCAGUCCCCUUAUGGAUUAUCGAAGUGGUGAAGAGAUGACUCUCGCAGAGGAAUGGAAGAACCGUCGAAAGGACAAGAGACCUUUCGUAGAAGUGGGUAAAGGUAUGGGGGGUGUACCCGAACCUAGCUUUCCUCCAGGUUUUGGCAGAGAUGUGAAUGUUCGAGAUCCACCGCCAUUUCAGGAAAGGGAUAGGACAUCUGUUGAAUUUCAAGCAAAAGAUGUUUUUCCACGUGGUGACCACUUUUCUGCUUUGAAUCUACCAACAAUUACCAGCAAAGCUCCACAAGACGUUCCACGCCAGGAAAUAAGUCCCCUUGCUGGCCCUCUUGGGAGAGACAAUGAGAGUAAACAUUGGCUUGGUGAAAGGAACCCAAAGCAUAAAUCAAAUCGUGACGAAAGGCCUCCGUACCAUCAAGAGAAGAAUCAGCCCUCUCCUAUGAUUCAGGAGCCAAAUGAUUGUUUUAAAGGGCUGAAAGAUAUCCCACACAAUCAAGGACCUGUCAGGGGUAAGAUGGGGGUAGAAUGUGAUUUCCAAAGCAGCAGCACUGUACAGGCAAGAGACCAAGACUACAGGGACAUCGAUUACAGAACAGGGUCCGGGAGGGCUUUUGAAUACAAGCAUGAGGCGCUUCAAGCACCAGAGAAACUCAUCAAAGAGUCUAAACCAAUCCCACCUUCCAAAUUUAGUGAGUCUGGUUCUCAGGAUCAAGAUUACAGGAAUGCAUCAGUGGAGGACAAAGUUUCCAAUACAAUAUCCAUAAUUGGUAUUCCAAAGACUGCCACAAUGGAGCAGAUUCUUGGUGCCUUUGCAGUCCGUGACGGUGUGCCAAUGCAGGGGAUGAAAAUCAAUAACGUUGUGCCAGGUUACAGCUACGAUACGGCCUAUGUGGAGUUUUUAAACCUCGAGGAUGCCGUCCGCUUCAUGGAGUCCAACAAGGGAUCCCUAAAGGUUGGCACUAGAACAACAACCAUGAAGUACAUUCAGCCAGACGACUGUAAAAGAAGUGUUCAUGAAUCAGAUCACAAAGUAUCUCAACUCCAGAAGCCCCAGUUGCCCAGACCAGAUGAGCCUUUAGAGGAGUUGAAGACCAACCUGAAUGGACCGAAACCAAAAGGCCCUACGGAGCCAUUGUCCCACAGCCAGUGGCAGCGUAGCUCUGACCUGACUCCCGAAGCCUGGCAGCAGCAGGUGGACCAACAGCUCAAACAGCAAGAAACGGAUCAGCAGGCUGAGUCUUGGGGCAACCGCAACCUUCCUCAUCACAGUUCACACCAAUCUGACUCAGUCUUUAAAGACAGCAAAACCAUGAUAAUAAAAAAUGUGAAGCCCACAACCACAGUUGAGACUAUCCUGAAAGCCUUGGAUCCCUUUGCAUAUCUGGAUGAAAGAAAUGUUCGCCUAGUCAAGGCCAAGCCACCAGGCGCCAAAUGCUUCUGCUUUGUUGACAUGGACUCCCACGAGCAAGUGACACGUCUGGUUGAGCUCCUCACUAAACCCAGACCCCUUUAUAUUGAUGGGGUCAGAGUUUAUGCUGAGGUCGCGAAACCUCUGAAGAACCAAAAUUUCAGAAGAGACUUUGAUAAACCAAACGGCUCCAUCCUUGGGCAUCCACCUGAGCCCAGCCUGAUGGGGCAGCAGUACCCACCAUCUCCGCUGUACUUUCAACCACUGCAGCCACCCGCUGGUGCCUCCACUGGAAUGCAAGGUGAUUUGACAACUGGCAACGCUAUUGCUGCUCCAUCAUCAGACCCCAGCAUUGGACAGGAAAUUGGCUACGGUGAGACUCCAGCUGUGGAUCUGUCGUACCAGGCUGGUGGACCCCAUGUGCCCACAGAAUCGGCUGCCAAGACAGUCGCCGCAGACGGAUCACAGCCCUACAUCUAUGGCUCUGAGAUUCCUGACAUGACCAACUACUUGUACGAUUCCACGUCAGGCUUCUACUACGAUCCUGAGACGACACUGUACUACGACCCCAACUCUAGGUAUUUUUACAACGCUCAAACCCAAGAGUACUUGUACUGGGAUGCUGCAUCAAAGGCCUACAUCCCAGUUCCAGGAGGGAACCCUACAGUGACCCAACCUAUGACCAUGACUGCUGAAGACCAGGCCAUUCUUUCCAACCCAGCAGCAGAUGCUCCUCUGGAAAUGAAGAAAGCAUUGGUGACUCCCGACACCGCGGCGGCCACGGUACUAGUUUCCAUGUCUGACGCCGGCUCUGCUCCGGCGCCUGUUCCAACUUCUUCAGCGGCUCCUGAGAGGAAAGACGAUGACGAUGACUCUAAGAAGGACAAAGAGAAGGAUAACGAGAAGCCGAGAAGUCUCGCUGCUGUCAAGAUCAUGAAAGACAUGGAGCGCUGGGCAAAGAUCCAGAAUCGUCAAAAGGAAAGUGUCCGUUCCGCAUCUCCGCUGUUGAAGACUGGAAUGGACGAUGACAGGAGGCAAUCCAAGACGGCUGACGCUGGCUUUGCUAUCUUUGAGAGGAAGAUAUCAGGUGCAGAUGAUCUUUUUAAGAAGCCCUUUGCUCCUCCGAAGAAAGAUGAAAAGUCAAAGCGUCCAAUGGGCUCCCUGGGUCUACUGGCAUCAGACUAUGCAGCUGGAAGUGAUGAAGAAGUGGAAGAAGAUAAGGAUGAGGCAGCUAAAGGCGGUCAGUGCGGCCAGUCUGAAGACAAGGACAAUAAGCUGACAGACUGGAAAAAGAUGGCCUGUCUGCUGUGUAGGAGACAGUUCCCCAACAAGGACGCUCUGAUCCGUCACCAGCAGCUUUCUGACCUCCACAAACAAAAUAUGGAGAUCCACCUUAAGAUCAAGAGGUCAAAGAAGGAGCUAGAGGCACUAGAGAACCAGGAAAAAGAACUAAAUUCCAGAGAACCGACAAGGUCACCAGAACCGAAAAGAAGAAAACAGCCACAGCAUCAUAAUACUUGGGCUGGAAGCUCCAGGGAAAUGAAUACAGUCAGCGAUAGACCUGGUUUAGGAGCUGAACCUGUCCCGCAGAGGAAAAAGAAGGAGCCUGUUGUUUGGGACCAUGCCACCUACAAACAAGCAGUACGCAAGGCCAUGUUUGCACGGUUCAAGGAACUUGAGUGAUCUCAUCUGAGCACAUUCUCAUUUUGAUAUGUGAAUUGUUAAUAUGACAUGCUUGCCCACCUUAGCAUGAGAAAUCCUUUUACUGUUGUGACUGUUUCUCUGCCUUGGACAUAAUUACCCUACAGAACCACCGUUUUCUACACUGAAGCGAAAAAAUGUGUAAAUAAAUCACAAGGGGGGGGAAAAGUGUGAUGUCCUCAACAAUGGAUGUUGUAUAAAAGGUGUUUAUUCAUGCUGUUGAUUUGAGUAUUUUUGCCCAUGUUUUAUGUGUGGCCUCUAUGUAUAAUUGUGAAAUAUGUCCAGUUAGUUAUUUUUUUUUUAAACAUUUACUGUCUCAUUGGCCACAGUUACAUUUUCUUUUAAAACAGCAAUUUUUACAUUUUCAUUUUCAUGGGUUGGAAUUGCUAUUGUAUGUACACAUUUUUUAGUAAAACAAUAUUAUGGACUAAC